UCAAGUGGCUAGGUCAUGAGAUUGGGCAACGUUUGGGUCUGAAUCCAAAAUCCCAGGUCACAGAUAGAAUUCCAAUCUCAACUAUUAAACUAAAAAAGCAAUAGAUUUACAAUUCCCUCAGCAAUUUCAAUCUCUGUCUGGUGCAACAUAUGCAAAGGUCCGAAGCAGCAAUGGCGUGUAACGUGUUCAAGUUCUGUUCGGCCCUGCGUGUGCUCGGGUCCAUCAUGAUCGUACUGGUCCUUGCCGUAGCCGGCCUCUCCUAUUACACCAUGGUCAUAGCCAAUUACGGCCCAGCUCUCUUCCAUGGCGGCCUUCUGAAUUCGCUCAUCGCUUUCGCUGUCCUGCUCUUGUUCCAUUCCUUGUUGGUGAUGCUAUUAUGGAGCUACUUUUCUGUUGUUGUUACAAACCCGGGCAGUGUUCCUCCGAAUUGGAUGCCUGUAAUGGACGAGGAGAAAGGAGACAUGGAUCCAUUGAUGGCCUCAGAAUAUAGUGGCCCGGGUUUAGGCUCAAGCCAGUCAACUAUGGACCCUUCAAAUCCAGGAAUACGGUUCUGUCGAAAGUGCAAGCAAUUUAAACCACCUCGUUGCCAUCACUGUUCUGUUUGUGGGAGGUGCAUAUUGAAAAUGGACCAUCAUUGCGUUUGGGUUGUUAAUUGUGUUGGGGCGUUGAACUACAAGUACUUCUUUCUUUUCUUGUUUUACACGUUUCUUGAGACAACUCUUGUCACCGUAUCAUUAUUGCCAUAUUUUGUCUCGUUUUUCACUGAUGGUGAGAUACCUGGAACACCAGGCACCCUUGCAGCCACUUUUAUCACAUUCAUUUUGAACUUAUCAUUUGCACUGAGUGUUCUGGGCUUCCUGAUUAUGCACAUAUCAUUGGUGGCGGCAAAUACCACCACAAUUGAGGCAUAUGAGAAGAAAAACACUCCUCAAUGGCACUAUGACCUAGGAUGGAAGAAAAACCUUGAACAGGUGUUUGGGACGGAUAAAAAGUACUGGUUAAUCCCUGCAUAUUCAAAUGAGGAUCGGAGACUGAUGCCGGCACUUCAGGGUCUCGAAUAUCCAACAAGGCCUGACUUUAAUGUGCUCCAGCAGUUAUAACAAUAGACGACAACACCAGGGCAUUAGGUUGCAGUUCUUUUUACAAACACAUGGUCUGUGCAAAUGGACUUUAUGCACAGAGACAACAGCAAUGGAAUCAUCAGCGUGGAAGAAACUUCAGCGUUGGAGAUAUAUUGCCAGGAUCUUUUGAAGGAGUGGUUGAAUCUUUGAACUUGGAGGGCGAUGUCUGUUAAGGUGUUGAUUAUGCCAGUUGGAAGUUAGGGUUUGGAGAAAGGACUCACAGCUGCAUGUUGUUUUGUUAUGUAUAUGUCAUCAUAGUGGUCUUUGUUAUCAUUUAUACUACAAAUAUAGUACAUUUAAGCGUGCUAGAAAUCGAAUAGUUUUUAUCGUGUGUCCACACGACACAAGUUGAGAGUGUCACAUGUCCCUAAUUACUGACGUGAUAGUCUCAUCUUGUGUUCCAUGCACACAAGUCACAAGCCUAGCCCCAUCAAUUAAAUCUAGUUUUCACCAUGGUUUUGUGUUCAUAGACUGGCACUUAUUCCGAAAAAUUUCUCAAAUCGUGUAAAACUUCAUAUGCAAGGCAUUAUUUUUAAAUUGAACUGGAAAAAUCCAUAAUUUGUUUCA